UCGUUGAUAAAAUCACCCACACGCGGGAGGGCCUGGGCCUCGCCCUCCGACCCCCCCCCCUCCGCGCAAACACGGGCGGAUAGCGGCCAGCCGGCGUCCGACCUAAUUCCCAUCCGUUACUCAUCAAGAACGCACACGAAAAAGGAAGAACGAGAAGAGAAGGUGGUCUCCUCCAGUCCUCCUCCUCCUCCGAACUGCUUCCUUUUCUGCCCACCGCCUGUUGCCUACUGCUAUUGAUCUAAUUAAAUUGAUGGCCGAUGCUCUCUUCCUAAGUUAUUAUCUCCUCCUCCCUACUCGCUCCCCACUCUUAUCCCCUUUCCGCUGCUCCAACCCCCCGAGAUUAAGAAGACGGCCUCCGCAGAACCCUCUCUUGGGUUCUGCCGUUGCUACUGCUCUCGCCCACCGGCCGAAGCGGUUUUCUCACCUUAAGGUGCAUGCAGUGGUUUCUGACAACAACGAACCAAAGUGGUGGGAAAAAAACGCAGGGCCGAAUAUGAUUGAUAUCCAUUCCACGCAAGAUUUUCUGGACGCAUUAAGCCAGGCCGGCGAUAGGCUUGUUAUUGUUGAAUUUUAUGGCACUUGGUGUGGUUCUUGCCGAGCCCUAUACCCGAAGCUUUGUAAGACAGCUGAAGAGAACCCUGAUAUUUUAUUCUUAAAAGUAAACUUUGAUGAAAACAAGCCAAUGUGCAAAAGAUUGAACGUCAGGGUGCUUCCUUACUUUCAUUUCUAUCGUGGUGCUGAUGGACGAUUGGAGUCUUUUUCUUGUUCCUUAGCCAAG